CAGUUUUUUGCAAGCAGCAUUUUCCUGCAACCUCAACUAUCUAGAACAUACUUAAACACUAAGAAUUUGCUGCUUAUUAAAUUGAAACUAUGAAGUCUAAGGCCAACUGUGCCCCAAAUCCAACCUGUAGUAUAAUGAUAUUUCAUCCAACCAAAGAAGAAUUUGAUGAUUUUGAUAAAUAUAUUGCUUACAUGGAAUCCCAAGGUGCACACCGAGCUGGCCUAGCCAAGGUGAUUCCACCCAAGGACUGGAAAGCCAGACAGACCUAUGAAGACAUCAAUGACAUCUCAAUACCCACUCCGCUCCAGCAGGUGGCCUCUGGUCGGGCAGGGGUGUUUACCCAGUACCAUAAAAAGAAGAAAGCCAUGACCCUGGGGGAGUAUCGCUGCCUGGCAAACAGUGAAAAAUAUCGGACGCCACCACACCUGAACUUUGAUGAUUUGGAGAGAAAAUAUUGGAAGAAUCGCCUCUAUGACUCACCAAUUUAUGGUGCUGAUGUUAGUGGCUCAUUGUUUGAUGAAAACACUAAACAAUGGAACCUGGGACACCUGGGGACAAUUCAGGACCUGUUGGAGCAGGAAUGUGGAGUUGUCAUCGAAGGUGUCAACACACCCUACCUGUACUUUGGCAUGUGGAAGACCACCUUUCCUUGGCACACGGAGGACAUGGACCUUUACAGCAUCAACUACCUGCACUUUGGGGAGCCCAAAUCUUGGUAUGCGGUGCCCCCAGAACACGGCCAGCGCCUGGAACGCCUGGCCCGUGUGCUUUUCCCGGGCAGUUCCCGGAGCUGUGAAGCCUUCCUGAGGCACAAGGUGGCUCUCAUCUCGCCCACCGUCCUCAAGGAGAAUGGGAUCCCCUUCAGUCGCAUGACUCAGGAGGCUGGAGAGUUCAUGGUGACAUUUCCCUAUGGCUACCAUGCUGGCUUCAACCACGGCUUCAACUGCGCGGAGGCCAUCAAUUUUGCAACUCCGCGAUGGAUCGAUUAUGGUAAAGUGGCUUCGCAGUGCAGCUGCGGGGAGGCCAGGGUGACCUUUUCCAUGGACGCCUUCGUGCGCAUCCUGCAACCUGAGCGCUAUGACCUGUGGAAACGUGGACGGGACCGGCCAGUUUUGGACCACAGGGAACCGUCCAGCCAGGAGCUGACCACCUGGAGUGGGGUCCAAGCAUCCAGAAAAGCCUCCUUGGGCCUGAGGCGCCACCCCCGCCCGGCCUCGCGUUCCCCUUGGCCUACAGCCACCAAGGGUCGUGCACCCUGUGGGGCCCAAGCGCAUUGUUCUCCCCAGCGCCCAUGUGUGGCCAGUACUACCGCUGCCCAGCUGGGGGCCACCACCAUUCACAGUACCCAGCAACCCAGCCAAACCCCACCUCCCACCCUGGGCCCAUCGGCACAAGUUCUCCAACCAUCAAAGGGCAGAAAUGGUCGAGGUCGUCGUCCUAGGGAACUGGAGGGGGCCCAGGUGCAGACCCUCCAGGCACCUGCCAAAAGGCGCUUCUUGGUGGGUACAGCGUGCACAGCUCCGAGGCCUAAGGUUCAGCCCCUGCCUGAGGAUGGUGCUUUAAUAGACAAGCCUGCACCACUGAGCCCAGGACUCCAGAAUCCUCCUAAAGUUCUGGGGUGCUGCUGGGCCCCUCUCUAA